AUGUCAGCAAACGCUUCGGAGCUUUCGAAGCUCGUGCCCGAUACACACACUCGCCAGAUCCGCAACAUACGCUUUGACCGUGUCGAUAUUGCGCCGUUCAUCAACCAUGCGCAAAACUGUAUCAAGAUUUCGAGCACUCCGCUGAAUGUCGUCGGUGCUUUGACACAGCAAGCACACGAGCCGGCGAACUUUCUCAUCUUCUCUUCAUGGCUAGGUCCCCUCGCUGAAGGUGCUGUGCACCCUGGCUCCGUUGGUGGAACCUUCGAGGAACAUGUCCUUGCUGCGGCACGAGAUUAUCAGUCGGAAGAGAUGGGCAUUCAGGCCAAGAAUAUUAACAGCGUCAAUCUGCUAAAGAAGAAAUGCUUCGUCAUCAUGCGCAACAAGUGGAGUGGAGGCCGCUUCUUUAUCGGCGAGGUUCUUGACCUCUACACAAAAGGGUCAGGUCGACAUUGUUCCGUGGAUACGGUGGACAAAGCUAGUGACCUAUCCUAUCUCUCUCUCCGUGUUUAUCUUCCUUUGAGUCUCUCUCAGGGCGUCUACGACGAUGAUUCCGACAGCGAAGAUUCUGAAGAUGAGCCACCAGAGUUCUCCUGCCAUUACAGGUCUUUUGAGCUUCAUACACAUGGUAAAGGCUCCUCACUCUUGUACAAUCUCGGGCCGCACAUCUUUAAGACUCUCGAUGCCGAUCCGCUUCGAUCAGUGCUCAAACCCGUCGUUGCAUCAAGGUGGCGAGCAUUCACGAAGCCGGUGGUGAAGAAGGCCUUGGAUAAGCCACUGACAUUGAAGAUUCCGGCUCGGUCGAAGGACGGAAAAUAG